AUGGUUGAAUAUGUUUAUUUUACAACGACAUUUACUUCUUUUCUUCCUUUCAAACGCGCUGAAACAUCAACUGCAACGUGCAGGGUGUCUCUUCAGCUGAGUGGAAGUAACUAUUGUUUUUGUUUGCCACCCCUCGGACAGCUACCCUGUCUCAAGCAGCUCCAAAUCUACAAGUUUGUUGAAAUAGAACUGAUUGGACCUGAAUUUUAUGGGGAUAGUUCAUCAGGUGCUCCAUUUAGAUGCCUGGAAUGUUUAACAUUUUCACACAUGAAACAAUGGGAAGAAUGGAAUACAUGUUAUGAAGGUGAAAGUUUCCCGUGUCUUCAAGAGCUUCAAAUAUGGAAUUGUCGCAAGUUGAGAAAGUCCUUGCCUCAAUUUCUUCCUUCUCUGAAAAUUCUAAAUAUUAGACAAAGUGAAAAUCUUGAGGCUCCACUUCCCAACGCCUUUCCCUUGGACCAGCUUAUGUUAAGCAAUUGUAAGAUUUCACUGCACGAUGUGCCAAACAGCUUGACAAGCAUGUCCAUGUCUGGAAUUAGAAUUAAUGAGUCCUGCCUGAACCAUAUUCUGCUCAGUAACCCGUCUCUUGGACAACUGUACCUGAGUAGUUGUGAUGAACUUGUGUCACCCUCUAUAAGUGGGAUUGGAUUUUCAACUUCAAAGCUUACUUCCAUGUUCUUUGAUAAGUUGAGUAAUCUAAAGUCACUUCCUGAUGACAUGCAUAUUAUUUUUCCAUAUCUUCAUUCUUUGGCAUUGUGGGACUGUCCAGAGCUAGAAUCACUUCCCCAAGAAGGUUUGCCUCCAAGCCUUUUUGAACUUACAAUCAUCCGUUGCCCCAAACUCUUUGCUUCCUGCAUGAGCUGGGCCUUGCACAAGCUUUUGGCUCUACGACACAUCACUUUUAGUGCUGAGUUAGAGAGUGAGGAGUCAUUCCCAGAGGAAGCAUUGCUCCCACCUAAUCUCUCAUCUCUCACCAUGAAAAAUUGCUCAAAUCUAAAAUCAAUAAAUUACAAGGGUCUUCUCCACCUCAAGUUUCUUGAAUCCUUGUGUGUUUGGGAUUGCCCCUUAUUGUGUCUCCAAGUCUUGCUAGAGAAGGGUCUACCCAAGUCACUUUUGCGGUUAGAAAUUUGGGGCAGUUGUCCAUUGCUUAAGGAGCAGUUCCAAGAGGAGAAAGGACAAGGGUGGUCUGAACUUUCUCACAUCCCUCAUGUAUGCAUUCAUUAG